CGCACCGACGUAAUCAAACAAGAACAGGAAACUACGUUCCUGGAGUAGGGAAAUUAUAUCCCGAGAUUGAAUUGUCGCCCGUAGCCUAUUUGUUUUAUUGUAGCCGACUGUAGACUAGCACACGGCAUUACACCCAUUCAGAAACAUCCUUAGCCUGCAUUGACACAGGAAACAUUAAGCAGAUUGGACCGUGACAGCUCAGCUUUGAAGGGCGUUAGACGAGAAAAUACCCUAAUACGAAUCAGCCGGAACAUUUCCCGGUCAGGUGUCAAGUAUGGCUGAUCUGCUGAAGCUGCUGCUGCGUGUGGCAGAGAAGGCGGCCAACGUGGCCCGCGUGUGCAGGCAGGAGGCCCCUCUCUUCCAGCUGCUGGUCCAGGAGAAGACUGGAGUGGAUAAGAACAAGAAGUUUGUCCAGGACUUCAAGACACUGGCUGAUGUUGUGAUCCAAGAGAUGAUCCGCCAUGAUGUUGGAGCUCAGUUUCCUGAAAUGAUUGACCACAUACAAGGAGAGGAGUCUAACAAGUUUGAGAAUGGACUAGGGGAGAGUGUGAUAGUCACAGUGUGUGGGACGGAGAAGGAGACCGCAGCCCUGCUGGCCACAGUGCUGGAUGGGGACCAGACGGCGGCGACUCUCCUGGCGUGUGCCAUCCACCAGGACGCUAAGCUCACACUCACUGACACGGGGACAGACGACCUCCACAUACCCCUCAGCCCCUCUGACCUGGGCAUCUGGAUCGACCCCAUCGAUGCCACCAGCCAAUACAUUGAAGGUCGUGAGGAGGCGGCGGUGGAGGGGCGUCUCUGUCCGUCAGGUCUGCAGUGUGCCCUCGUCCUGAUCGGGGUUUACCUCCGCGCUACUGGGGAACCCGUCAUGGGGGUCAUCAACCAGCCCUUCAACCACAAAGACCCAACAGGCUGGAAGGGCAAGCAUUUCUGGGGUGUGUCGUGUGGGAGCGUCAAAGCCUGCUCCGUGCUCAGACCUAAAGACAGACCUGCAAAGACGACAGCAGCGGGAGGACCAGGGCUCUCAGUGGUGAUGAGCUCCAGUGAAAAGCAGGCAGUGAAAGAGGCCCUGGCCCCUCUGUGCGGGCCUGACAGGCUGAUGUACGCCUCGGGGGCCGGAUACAAGAUCCUGUGUGUGAUCCUGGGCCUGGCUGACGUCUACGUCCUCUCAGAGGGCAGCACAUUCAAGUGGGACUCCUGUGGCCCCCAUGCCCUGCUCCGUGCACUGGGUGGGGGGAUGGUGGACCUUAAAGAGUGCCUCCACUCCUCUAGCUCCAGCCACUGUCAGGUGGGGCACCAGGACCAAGGGGAACUGACCUACCACCAACCCCACACAGAGAGCACUGGGGCAGACCACUGGGCCAACCAGGGAGGCCUAGUGGCCUAUCUCAACUGUCAAAUUCUCCAUAGGGUUAUUGGGGAACUGAAGGGCAAGUUUUAAAGGAAGAGUAGCUGAUGAUGGUGGGCACAAGUAUCAUUGCUUAUAAGGUUGUGCUGCUUAAUAUUCUAUUUUUGGAGGGUCAGUGGUGUUUUUCUAUCAACUAUGCUGUCCAAGUUAUUUUUAACAGCUAUAUAUUUGCAAAUGUAAAUAUAUGAAGGAAUAUAAACAUGUUAUUAAACUAACUACAGUAGUUGGUAUGUUUAAAGGUGUUUUGUAAAAGAUUAAGAUAUACCUAAAUGGAAGGUCUUUUCACAGUUACUGGUUCUCUCAUUGUCAAGUAGUGUGUUGGUGGCAAAUCAAACUUCAGGGAAGACCGGAGUGCUGUUUUAAGUAUCCCAUUUAUCCCAAAGCAAGAUAAUCAGAAUUGAAAGAUACAGGUAAGAAUGGGAACAGGCAUGGUUCAUGAAACAGUAGCACACACUGCACAGAUAAAACAUGAUUUGUCUGUCAUACCAAAAUAUGGCUAAUGGUAAUAACCCUUUUAAUUUAAGGAUUUCUGCUGGACCUACCAGAGAAUCUCUUGAUGACCCAGUUGAAGUAGUGGGACAGGGAGGUGUUUAGUAAAUAUCCCAGUGUCUCCCUUUUGACAAGCACUAAUGGUGUGUGAGGUGAUAGCGGAGAAAACUCAAAUAAGCUGGCUUCUGGAAUCUGCAGCGGCCCAGAAAAUGCCUUUUAUGGAAGAGAGGUGUGUUCUACACUGUUUCCAUAGGGCUAGCUGUAUGACUUCGGAUAAGUCAGGUCAGAGGAGGAAAAAGACAUGAAGUGCCUGUUUAAUUUUUGGUUUACUGUAAAUUAAGGAUUAAACCCCUUUGAAGGAAUGGGGAAGAACUGUCACGUAGCGAUGCCCGGUGGCUUUCUGGAGCUAAUGUAGAAAACGGGUAAACCAGGUCAUGAUGUUCACAAGGGUUUUGCUCUGUUAUGGGAUCAGGUUUGUUCAAUAGAAGUCAACCUGUGGAGGAGAUUAUUUUCAACCAUCACCUGCACCACUUCAUUGACACACCCCAGAGGCUAGUGGGAAACAGUAGUCCAAAGGUGUAGUCAUUAUAAAGAGCUGGAUUCAAUCCAUAGCACUGAAGAGCUAAGUUGUACACCAAUUUACAUUUUAAAGGCAAUGUUUCCGCAUUAACGGAGACUGCAUUCACGGUAAACGCUGCAUAUGUUGGCUCAGUCGGUAAUAACCUUUCAAUUUCAAGCACGCUAUAGCGCUGAACUUCGGUGAUACGGAUUGAAUCCAGCCCUAAAUGUUACUGUCCCGGGUGUCUCUAUGGUCUUCCAUCAGAAAAACAGAGCCAUCCUAAAGGACCAGCAAGUUGUGUUGUGGACCACACCACUUUUGUAUAAAAAUGGGUGGGAUCUAGUGUAAAUUCUAAAUGAAUGAGUAUGCUCCAGAAGGGCCAUUAGCAGGUCCCCUGGUUUCUGCUCCAUUGGAAUGACACAGCAUUCUCCUGUCUUGUGAGUUGUAACUUUAAGACACAAUUCAAUCCACGUAAUUCACAAAACAAUGAAAGUCCAUUCAUCCAUCUGUAGGAAAUCAGCUUUACUAUGAAAUCCAGAAAAAAAGCUAAAAUCAACUGAACAGUGAUGUUUCACAAUUGCAAUAAACUCACACCUUCCUACCCCCCAAAACAUUUUUUUUUAAAUGCACAUUUAACCCCCGAUUGUCAGAUUUUUUGCAAUCUUUUUUUUGCAUAUACUGUUUAAAAAUAUAAAUGGGGAAAAAUUAAAUGAAUCUGGGAUUAGCAGGUCCCCCAGCUCUACCACGCUGGGAGCCGUUAGUUGACUUGCCGUUUUAGGCUGCUACUUAAGCCAUACAUUCUCAAG